AUGCCAAGUCUAUGUUGUAUAAUUGAAAAAGAUUUAACAAGUAUUUUUGCUGAGAUUAUAAUAAAUAAAGCAAAAGAAUUACUUGUUUUAAGUUUAAAUAGUAUAGAUAAUGAAUCUAAAAAUUCUGAUUUAGAAACUGAAUUUACCGUAUUAAUCUUAACAACUGGAAGUAUACUUAAAAUAGAAGCAGAUAAUAAAAUUGAAAUAUCACAAAUUACAAAUUCUUAUUUAACUCUAUGUGUAUUAAUAGAUAUAGUUAAUAAAAAUAUUUAA